AUGGCGACUUCAGGAACAUACGUGACAGAGGUUCCUCUUAAAGGGUCUGCGAAGAAUCACUACAAGAGAUGGAGGAGCGAAAACCACCUCUUCCCGGACGCCAUCGGCCACCACAUCCAAGGUGUCUCCGUCCACGAAGGCGACUGGGACUCCCACGGAGCCAUCAAGACCUGGAACUACACAUGCGAUGGGAAGAAGGAGGUGUUCAAGGAGAAGAGAGAGUUUGACGACGAGAAGAUGACAGUGACGUUUAAAGGGCUUGAUGGUCACGUGAUGGAGCAACUUAAGGUGUAUGACACAAUCUUUCAGUUCAUCCCCAAGUCUGAGGAAGGUUGUGUCUGCAAAGUCACUAUGAUGUGGGAGAAACGCUACGAAGACUCUCCAGAGCCCAUUAACUACAUGAAGUUCGUCAAGAGCUUGGCUGCUGAUAUGGACGACCACAUUCUCAAGGACCAGAACAAGGCUUAA